AUGUCCGCCUUCAGCGACCGCCCCUCGGAAGGCAGCCUCAGCGAGGUAACGCCGGGCAAUACGGUUCAGAAAUACGUGAUCAGCGCGUUCGCAGCGAUAACAUGGUACAACGCGAUCGAGCUGGUGAUCCUAUGCCUGAUGACUUUUCAACGGUACCGGGGGAUGUACUUCUGGAGUCUGCUGGUGAGCUCGUUCAGCUUGAUCCCGCACGUACUGGGGUACACGCUGUUCCUGUUCGCGUUGGACGUGUCGCCGUACAUCUCGGUGACGCUGAUCAUCCUGACCUGGUACUGCAUGGUGACGGGCCACUCGCUGGUGCUGUGGUCGCGACUGCACCUGGUGCUGGACCGGCCGAGGCUCCUUCACUGGAUCCUGGGGCUGAUAAUUACCGACGCCGUGCUCUUCCACCUGCCUACGACCGUGACGCUGUACGGCGCGCUGACGGGCAAUCCCCGCUUCCAGUCCGGCUACCACGCCAUGGAGCGCAUCCAGCUCGUUGGCUUCUGCGUCCAGGAGGCUCUCCUGUCUGGUAUUUAUGUUUGGGAGACCAUCAAGCUGCUGCGUCUGCGGCCCGAGCGCCCGCGUCGCCUGAUCCUCGCGCAAUUGCUGGUGAUUAAUAUUGUGAUUCUGAUCCUCGAUCUGGUUGUCGUCGCUAUCGAGUAUGCAGGCUACUACGCCCUGCAGGUUAUGUUCAAGCCCGUGGCCUACAGCAUCAAGCUGAAGCUCGAGUAUGCUAUCUUGGGCCGCCUAGUGCAGAUCGCCAAGGGCCCCAGUUUGGAUGAUCCCUAUCCCGGGUCAAAUACCAGUGCUACCAGUGCGUUCGUCACCACGCCGCAGGGCUGGGAUGAGUGUGGCCCCUCCGAGACGAAUGAUAGUGCCGUCGCCACGAUGGCUAAAAUAUUUGACCUUAACUCCUCGUCCGAGGGCCAACUUUCUUAUGCUUUCCCGGUGUAG